AACAAAAUCGACGAAAUGCGACUUAAAGCUCGUUGUCUGGCCUGUUCAGCUCCGCAGCUGUGGCGCGCUUUGGUUGUCAUUCUCGUGUUGGUAAUCUCCGUUCUGCAAGUGGUCCAUAUCACGCUGCUUAGCCGACUUGAAGCGCGAAGAUCACGGGAUGACCGCCGGACCGCCCGAAGUCCUCUGACGGAUUGGGGAAGCGACAAGUAUAGGGUCCAGGAAAUGUCGGAUGAUCGUGCGCGAAUGUUGCAUGUUCUCGAAGAAUCUGCCGUGCUCGACGUUUCUGGAGAGUUCAGUCUCGUGUCGAAUUUUCAGCCAGCUUCUCCCCCGUUGCGGGGAACGAUGUCGGCACAGGGCGGAUCCGCUUCACCUAAACAGCAGCAGCAACAACAACAACAGCCUCAGUUAACAACACAAGGAGCUACCCAGGGCAUGUUGCCGUCAACGUCAAAUGAACAUACUAGAGGAGGUAUUAGCAGUAGUUUGACAAGAGACGUUACGCUUGUGACACAGAGCAGUAUUGGGCCUCUAUCGUCAUUGGACUCGUUGGCAUCCCGAUGGAAAGGGCCCAUAUCCGUGGCCCUAUUUGCUGCAAAACGACGAGAGUUGCCAGAUCUCAUAGAAACCAUUCUACAUCUGCGGGCAUGCUACCCAGCAGUCCGGCAUAAUGUAACCUUCCAUUUGGUUUACCCACUACAUUCGAAAGCGACCUCGAGCGGAAAUAGUCACCAUGGGGCACCAGCGCUUUCGUUAGCUGAGUGCUCGACCCUUCCACGCCGACUGGGAGAACUUCAGCCAAGUAUCAUCAAUUACGGUCAUGAAGUUGCCUACCCUGUCAAUCUAUUGCGGAACGUCGCCCGAAGGAACGCUGCUUCCCAAUUUAUAUUUGUCGUUGACAUUGACCUGCAAGUGAGCCAAGGCCUUCAUGAUUCGUUUCUAACAUACGCAAAGGAGAAUUCCUUAUUCUCGCGGGCCGAUCAUCAGGAAGCCUUCGUAGUGCCAGCAUUUGAGACAGUCGAAGAUAUUGUACUGCCACGUAACAAAGCGGAACUAUUGGGGCUGCUUGAACGUGGAGUUGCGCGACCAUUUUAUGCCGAACUGUGCCAUAAAUGCCAUAAGCAUACCGACUAUGAAGCGUGGACAAAAGCCCCACUUACUCCUGAUAAUAAACUUGAGGUUUUGUAUCAGGUAAGCUGGAAGGAUCCCUGGGAGCCAUUCUACAUAGCGCACAAUUCUGUCCCACUCUACGAUGAGCGUUUUCGACAGUAUGGUUUCAAUCGGAUCAGCCAGGCGUGCGAAAUGCAUGUGGCAGGUUAUUCGUUUGCCGUGCUUAAUAACGCAUUCGUCAUUCAUCGAGGACUCAAGCGGUCUGGCGACUUCCAUAAGGAGAAAGAUAAGGACCUCGACAGGAAUAGGCUCAAUUUCAGACAAUUUAAGACCGAGCUCAAGGAGAAAUACAAGCAGUCGCCAAGAAGAUGCUAUUGAAUUUAAAUAAUCGGAAGGGAAACUUUAGGUGUUAUUAUGUAACGUUUAACUGUCUCCAUUAAUGUCGUUGCCUAAGAGCAUGAUGCCUGCAACCUAUGGACGUGAAUGAUGCAAUAACAGGACGGCGAAUCGACCUAUCUCUCACAAGUUGCCAGAGUCCAUUCCUCAAAGCGUAUGCUCAAUCAUUUCUUUAAAUUUCUUAAGCUUUUCGUACCAGACCAAAAUUCUAGAUAAAUUACUGUACUUACAUAUGAUAUGUAACUAACAUGGGUACUAUUACGCUCAUUGUUCAUACUUAAGUAUAUCGAUUUCUCCGUGCGACAGAUUUAUAAGCCUAUUCCAGGAAUAUCUUCACUGGAAGGUUUCAACCCGGAAAAAACAAUUAAAAACUGCUGAGGUUUACAUGACUUUGAAAUAGCAGUGCUUCAUGAGUAUGAUAGCUCUGCGCAGAGGAAACCGGAAUGAUACCGAUUAGCCGGCUGGCAGAGACAGGAGCAAGAACCCUCUAUAGAUAUCAAACACGGGUGCCAUACAUGUGCUCUUCUUUUGAGGUUCGAAUACCAACUGACGAUGUACAUAUGUAAGAUAGAUACUAUUGUAACCUGAUCUUAUCCUUGGUAAGUUAGCUAGUUUC